UACACGCCUGCAGAGCACAUGCUGGCACCAUGGUGGCCGCCGGCCGAGUUUUGGCUCUUUCCCGUUGUCUGCUGUCCCAGCUGCCCCCUGGAGAGCUUCGUUCAGCACCACAGGAGUUGUGGUCUGGCCUCGGGCAGCAGCCCCGCUUUCUGGGGAAGGAGCGGCUGGCAUCUCCCACAAGUGGGGAUGGAUCGGGUGGCGGGAACAGUGCUGGAUGGAGCCUUGCCCCUCCUCAGCCUCCCCUGCAGUGCUCGUUUGUCUUCGACCGAUUGUAUUUCUGGGCUCAGGGGGCCCUUUACCCCGCACUGCCCCCCCCCCCCACUGCAGUGUCUUUUUCUCUUCGCAGGGGAAGAUGGAGACCCUGAAAGACAAGACCCUGGAGGAGCUGGAGGAGAUGCAGAAUGACCCGGAGGCCAUUGACCGUCUGGCCCAGGAGGCCCCCGAGGUCCAGGACCUGCAGCUGGAACGCGAGAUGGCACUGGCCACCAACCGCAGCCUGGCUGAGCAGAACCUGGAGUUCCAGGGUCCCCUGGAGAUCAGCCGCUCGAAUCUCUCGGACAAAUACCAGGAGCUCCGGAAGCUCGUGGAGCGGUGCCAGGAGCAGAAGGCCAAGCUGGAGAAAUUUUCUUCAACACUGCGGCCAAGUACUUUGCUAGACCUUCUGCAAAUCGAAGGCAUGAAGAUCGAAGAAGAGUCAGAGGCCAUGGCUGAGAAGUUCCUGGAGGGUGAGGUGCCCUUGGAAACGUUCCUGGAGACCUUUUCCUCCAUGAGGAUGCUGUCCCACCUGCGCCGGGUCCGUGUGGAGAAGCUCCAGGAGGUGAUGAGGAGGCCCAGAGUAUCUCCGGAGCUGGCGGGGGAUGCUCUUCCUCCUCGCCCACCUCCCCCGCCUCGCCCGGCCCCCCAGGCGACGCCCCCUGUGGCUGGCGAACAGCCACUGCCGCCCCCGCCCUCGGCAGGCCUGCCCUACCCGCUGCCCUACAGCCCAUCUCCCGGCAUGCCCGCAGGCCCCACGGCGCAUGGCGCCCUCCCGCCGGCCCCCUUCCCCGCGCUGUCCCAGCCCUACCCCGCCUACAGCGGGCCCAUGGGCCCUGCUUACCCGUCAGCCCAGCCAGCACCCAGGGCUGCUGGGGGCUACUCCUGGUCCCCGCAGAGGAGCACGCCGCCCCUGCCCAGCUAUCCCAUGGCCCCCGCUGGUGCUUCUGGCCCAGGGUACCCGUUGGCGGGGGGCCGCGCCCCCAGUGCUGGCUAUCCUCAGCAGCCGUCCUACCCCUCGACGGGAGGCAAGCCACCGUACCCCACUCAGCCCCAGUUCCCAGGCCCGCCCCAGCCCUCAGGCCUGCCUCGGCCGCCCUAUCCCACCGGCCCCACCCCUCCCUACGGGUUCCCCCAGCCUCAGGGGCCUGCCUGGCCUGGGUAUUAGAGGCUGGCCUGGCCCUUCCCUACCUCCCCUGUCCCUCAGCCUUGGGCCCACCCUCCUGAGAUUCCAGGUGAAACUGGGAGUGGAGCUGGCACUCCUCAUGGACUUGUGGGGGCACGCAGGGACCUGGGGCACCUGGCUGGGGCCCUGCGGGCCGUGGGGACAGUGGGCACAACUCAUCGACCUUCCCGGGGAAGGGGGCGCCUCCUUGCAGUGACUGGCUCUAACUUCUGCGCCGUGAGCCCGACUGGGAGUUCACACCUCUCCGUGAGUGUGUGUGAGCGGGCGUGUGUUUGUGAUCAUCUACUUGUGCCCCACACUCGCGGCACCGAACCCAAUGCGGGUCACCUCGGUGAUGAGGCUCCCUACAUCUGGCCUUGGCUCCCCCCGCCUUUCCCUGGUGUUGGCCUCUCGACGUGGUGCCCAUGCCGAGGGCUGCUGCUCUGUGUGUGUGUGUGGGGCCCCUGAGGAUGCCCGCACCACCCACGCCCAGGGCCGGGUGCGGGGAGAGAGAGCAGCUCAGCAGGACGCUCAAGCACUGUCACGUGACUUAAAGCCAUACCUGAUCUGACAGGCUGAUGUCAGAUGCGCGGGGGCCGGGUGCUGUGCAUCGAGAAGUCGGGGUUGUGAGGGUGGGCCCCAACCUGACUUGCACUGGUGGAGAAUUUGGGGACCCCCUUGUGCCCUGUGGCUGGGAGCGAGUAGCUGUGGCCCAGGAAACUGGCCACCUGGGAGCUCAUUUAGGAGUGGAGGGCCGGCUGCCCUCCCACAGCCUCCCCCCCUCCUCGGGGUGCUCCACUUCUGGCUGACUCCUCUGAGUCACUCCUCUAGUGCCUUGAAUCUCAUUGGCAGCAGCCCUGCCCUCAUCCCCUUCCUCUGAGCCCCCGGAUAUAACUCCCCACCCGCUCCCCAGCUAAGAUGAUGUCAGCAGAAGCCCUAACAGUCGCUUCCCCAGUGGUGCUUUCUAGAACACCACCGCUGUGUCGGGCUCCGUGUCUUUGCUUCUCUUGUCUUCAGCAUGUCAAGGGCAGGGACUGUGACUCCGUGUCACUGUGGCCUCCAGCACGCCGGGGAUUUAGAGCGUGCUCAGCAAUAAGCAGUGGCCUCACAGGCCCAAGGGGGGUAAAGAAUGAAGCAUUAACUUGGCGGCUCCGGCAAGAGCCGGGUCUCCAGGGCGGACUCGAGCUGCUGGGGGUGAGGAUGUCACAUGUGCCUUGCAAUGUCCGCUCCUCGAGGGCUUAGCAUCUGGCGGCCGAGGAGCUGGGGCCCACAAGGAAACUUGACCUUCUGGUGCCUGCCGGCUCCGGGCCCGCGCGCGUGGUGUGCGCGCAGCAUGGUGCUCGGCCGGCACCGGCGGCUCCUUCCCACUGUGCUCGCGUCUCCUGGUAUUUAUGAAGAGACGUCACUCAUGGACUCCACCGGUUCGAGCGCUUCGGAACCACAUGAGCGAUCGCCCGUGUGUCUGUGUAAUCAAUUGCCAUAAUAAACGUGGAUGAGUCCAGCAGUGCCGGCCUUCUGGGGUUGGGAGGUGAAGGUGUGGCAGCUUGGCGGGACAUGGAUUUCCCCGUCCUUGGGGUCACGUUCUGCUGAGAGGCCCCGCUGAGUCCCGUCCACGAAGCCCCCUCAUCCAGGCGUCACUCCCGCGCAGGGUGCCCCGCUGGCCUGUGCCCCAGGCCUGGCUCUGUCCGUAUUCCCUUCCCUCUCCUCGGGGUUUCCCCCUUAGCUGUUUGCUUGCUGGAGCCUCACUCGGGCUGGGCCUGGCAGUGAGCUGGGGCCCCGCCAUGCCUCAGGGGCCCACGAGGGGGCGGUCGGCCCCAAUCCAGCUCAGCCUGCCACGUU